UUAUGUCGUGUCUCUGGCUUCUCCUUCCCGGGUCAGAGUUCAGUGUUUGCACUGUAUGGUCUGUUGAUGAGCUGGAGUUUGCAGACAGGACAUUCCCGGAGCAAAACUGAGAACAGAGUAUUUUGUAUUACAAUACAAUAAGGACUCGACAACCUAAAAGCUCAACGGCGAAAACAACGAAAGCUCAUUCAUCAGUGGAGAAAGCGUGAGAGCCGACAGCCCGAGACGAUGAGUCUGCAGUGGACGGCCGUCGCCACCUUCCUGUACGCGGAGGUCUUCGCCGUGCUGCUGCUCUGCGUGCCCUUCAUCUCCCCGACCAGAUGGAAUAAGAUCUUCAAGUCUCGUCUGGUGAAGGCCAUCACAACAUACGGCAACACCUACUUUGUGGUGCUGAUCCUCAUUCUGGUCUUUCUGCUCAUUGAUGCCGGGCGGGAGGUGAGGAAGUACAGCGUGACGGAGAAGGUGGAUCUGACCAACAACCCGGUGGCUGUGGAGCACAUCCAUAUGAAGCUAUUCAGGGCCCAGAGGAACCUGUACAUCGCUGGAUUUGCUCUGCUGCUCUGGUUCUUGCUGAGGCGCCUGGUCGUGCUGCUGUCCCAGCAGGCCACCAUGACGGCCUCCAACGAGGCCUUCAGGAAGCAGGCGGAAGGGGCCAGCGACGCCGCCAAGAAAUACAUGGAGGAGAACGAGAAGCUGCAAGAGGCUCUGAGGGAGGCCGGGAUCGCCCUCCCGCAGGCGGGGAAGAAGGAGGGCGUCAGCGUGCAGGAGGAGAACAAGAAGCUGAAGGGGGAGGUGGACCACCUGAAGGACGAGCUGGACGCCACCAAGAAAGCCCUGCAGAAGUCGGAGAGUGACGUCAAGGCCAUGAAGAAACAGGCUGAGAAUCUGACCAAGGAGUACGACCGCUUGCUGGAGGAGCACGGGAAGCUGCAGGCGCAGGUGGACAGCCCCCACGAGAAGAAGGACAACUGAGGGGCGAGAGGGGCGCCGGUUUCACUCGCCGGCUUGCCCCCCCGUCCCCCCGCCCCCCCCGCACCACCCUCCUCCUCCUCCUCCUCCUGCCCACACCGCCGCUGCUCCUGCUGCCUGCCUGCCUGCCUGCCUGGGGAUCCCCGGCCCCCGUGGCUGGAGCGCAGUGCCCAGCGUGGCGGGGCGCGGAUGGGGGAGGCGGCCGGUCUCCACGGAGUGCCAAACCAGACCGUUCCCGUUGCUGAACCGAAGAGGGAGGAGAAGGAAGGCCUCCUCUAAAGCUGGGGUCCCCUUGCCAGAGCCGCUGCCCGCUGCCGCCUGCUGUCUGUCGCGUCCAGAGGGGGCUGGUUUGCACUGUUGGCUCAAGCGAGUCGGGGAUCCGGGGUUGUGUCUGGAAGUGCUGUGGCCCUCGACCCUGGCGGUAGCUAGUUUCCUUUCCCACGCUGGUGUUCGCGUCUCACAGGCUAAACGAUAAAUUAACCCGCCGUUACUCGACCGCGGAGCGUUUCAACCCGCACAGGUAAACGGUGUGGCUGUGUUUCUCUGGUGUUCUUGCUGUCGCACCGUCGUCUUAGCAGGAGAAGAAAGCUGCAGCCAUUUUUAGUAGCAGCCAGUGGUGCCGUUGGGGGAGUUUUCUUCUCUGGUUAACUGGGAAGCGGUUAUUUGGAGAGAGACGGCCAGUCCCCAGUCAGCACGGCUGUGUCAGGUCAGACUGGGAGCGGGAGCUCCUGGACCUGUGGCCUCUCCACACGCGCAAUAAUUCUUACUCAACAGUGAUUCUUUUUUUUUUUGUACGAACUGAUAAGUCGAUUCACAUGAUGCAGAAAUCUGCUUGUCUGGUUCUUCGGUCCGGUUUGCUGCAGUUACUCGGGAGGUCUGAGAAGCUGCAGAGUGCCGUGACGGGGGGUCGGUCUGAUUUCCGUUCCUGAUCCCUUUGCCUUUUGGCAGCUGUGGUCGACUCGCUGCGGAAGUGCUCCUGAUGCCUCCCAGCACUCCGGGACAGGAGCUCCGGACAGUCCUGCUGCGUCUCGGCGCAGGCGAGCCCAGCCUGCUGCGCUCACCCCAGCGUGCGGUUCGGACGAGUAGUCCCGAUCCUCCCUCCCCCCCCCGGUUCUCCAGUCCCUGCGCUUUCUCUGCGUCUUUGAGGCUCUGAGGUGGCCCGUGCCGGUCACCGCGGCCUGGCUUAUCGGAAAAAAAAAGUCCAAGCAGACAGAGGCCGCCGCUCUGAAGCCUGGGAGUGUUUGACGCUGAUGCUCGCCUGCGAGCGGCAGAGCUGUGCGUAGAUCCCGUCCCCCAGACACGCCGCCCCUGCCUGCCCCUGCAGAGAGACCGAGGAGCAGCACCAGGCUUCCUGGUCCACCCCCAGUUUACUUCUUGCACUGUCUCUUGUCAUUCUUUUGUCCAAGGGGCUGUUUUUGUGUAUCAGCUAUGGCAAUAGGAGUUUCUUUUUCGUUCUUCGGUGCCUCAAGCGAAUCUUUUGUCCUGUUUCUCUGCCGACUCAGUCGAGAUCCCCCUCCCUCCGCAGGCCAGCUGCUGGCUUGCAUGACAGCCUGCUGAGGUGAUUCAAGAUUCAAGCAGCGUCAGGAAGGCUUUCCAUCAGGUCACUCAAACGGUCUUUGUUUCUGCUGCAUGUCGUAGAUUACGUUGCAUGGCUCGUAGGUUGAUUCUUCUGCUGUGUCUCACUUUCAGGACUUCAGAUGCAAAGUGCUGCAAUGCCUCCUCCAUUUGUGGGGACAGGAGAGGUCAGAAGGGCAGAGUAGGCACAGGCAGACUUGCUACAGAUACAGAUAGGUCUGGAUUUGAAAUAUCCUGCAUAAUUGAAUCCAGUGCCACUCUGGCGCAGCUUUGAAAUGAAUUCACUUGUGCACUGCGGCACACUCAAUACUGCCCCUCCUGUGGCCUGGGAUAUUAGGAUAAACAGAGCGAGACCACGCCAGCACAGUGCGCCUAACGUCAGUGCUGUGGAGGUUUCAUUCCCAUGCCCUUGAGGAUGUGAGAAGAAGCACUUACAAUGCAUUGACAUAUCAUUAAAUGUGGACAGGUAUAAAUUUCCUGGGAAUGUACCCGUGUUUCUGAUGAAAAAUGUUCCAGAAGUUCCAGAAAUGUUAAACAUGUGGGCUUGGUUACAACAUGGACCAAAGGAGAGGCUUUUUAGGUCAGUCCAGCCAGCUGCAAGAGCAGUAACACUGAACGCAGCAUAAACUUGGAUGAAGAGCUGCAUGGUGGGCAGGGUGCUCGGGCUGAAGCUUGUUGAGAAGUCACGAUGCAGCAUAAUUGGUGGUUUGUUACAGAGGUAGUGAGGACAAGCCUUGAAUACGCAAGCAGAAGCUCGUUUCUGAACCCAGGGGCAGGCUGUCCCAUGGUGCCAGUUUCCACCAUCAUGUAGGCCACACCAACUGGGUCAGCAGCUCUGAGAAGAACGUGCCAACACUCGCUCCAUCCCAGCGGGAGGGGCAGGGCAGUCCGGUGAGCAUCCUCCCGGUCUGUUGGAGGCGAGUGGCGGCCCAGCUGUCCAACUGUGUGCCCUGUUCUGGGGGGGGUCUUUGUGCUGCCCCCCUGCCCAGGGGCCGGAUGGAUUGGUGGUGAGGUUUAUAGCACAGUCGCCCGGAAGGGUUGUGAGGGCGAUCGGUGGCUUCCUGGCUGUUUGGAGGGUUUCAGAGUUCAUCCAGCAGCGCUCAGCAGAGUGAGCUAAAAAAACCUCUUCUGGCUGCGAAUAUUCCUAUUUAUGCCCCUUAAUGCUAAGAAGGGCUUCAUUUGUGUUCUUUGCAUUCCAUUUGUUUAGAAAUACGAGUAAAACACAAAUUUUUGGAUUCUUUUUGUCGAAGAAACAAGAAUGGCCCCAGGUUUUGGAAUGGUGGCUGGUUUGUUUUUGUUAACGUGGUGGUCUGGCUUCUGGCGGAGAUGUGGCUCAGAUCCCACAGUCUGCCCACGCCGCCGUGGGGCUGCGCUCUGAGCUGGGACCCUUCCUGGACCGCGCCGGACACCACUGAGCUUUGUGGGAUCUCUCGCGUGUUCCUGGUGACUGAUGGAACCUGCUGAAUGUACUUUGUCCUCCUCUGAGGCUGUUUCUUUCAUCUUUUUUUUUUUACUCAAAGAGCAUCACGCUGUUGUUCUCGCAGUUGGCAUCGAGGUUGUGGGAAGAUUCAAAGGUGUCUGAUUUAUUCCCUCCACUUUUUUUUACUUUUUAUUUCAGACGUUUUGUCAGCUUUGUCGGUUGCUGUAACGUUCUGUGAAAAUGUUCGAAGCGAGGUGUUAAAAUAAAUCGGGUGACAUAAUAGCA